CGGCAGCAGAGCAGUAUAAACCACAGCGGAGCGACGCAGCCCGACGUGUGCGGUGCGGUGUGCCUGCUGUCAAAUAAAAGGUAAAGUCUCCCGUGACGGCGCCGCGAUCAAAUCGGAGGAUUUACUUUUUUAGUAUUUUGUUGUAUUUUUUUUUUCAAAUUGGAGCGCAGCCAAACAACAAACCAAUGCAGACAUGGCGACAUCCAGCCCUUGUGUUGUGAUCAGCGAUGAGGAGCAGGGGUAUGACCUGGACCUUUUCUGCAUACCAAAGCACUAUGCUACUGAUCUGGAGAGGGUCUACAUCCCACAUGGACUCAUCUUGGACAGGACAGAGAGGCUGGCCAGGGAGAUCAUGAAGGACAUGGGAGGGCAUCAUAUUGUUGCCCUCUGUGUGCUUAAAGGGGGUUACAAAUUCUUUGCAGACCUGUUGGACUACAUCAAGGCCUUAAAUAGGAACAGCGACCGCUCAAUCCCAAUGACAGUGGACUUUAUUCGCCUCAAGAGUUACUGUAACGACCAGUCAACAGGUGAAAUCAAAGUAAUUGGUGGGGAUGACCUUUCAACAUUGACAGGAAAGAAUGUCCUGAUUGUGGAGGAUAUAAUUGACACAGGGAAGACGAUGAAGACAUUAUUGCAGCUUCUCAAACAGUACAACCCUAAAAUGGUUAAAGUAGCAAGUUUGUUGGUGAAGAGAACACCGAGAAGUGUUGGCUACAGACCAGACUUUGUAGGAUUCGAGGUCCCUGACAAAUUUGUGGUGGGAUAUGCGUUAGACUACAAUGAAUACUUCAGAGAUCUAAAUCAUAUCUGCGUCAUUAGUGAAACGGGGAAGGAGAAGUACAAGGCAUGAAGAGCAUGCCGCCGUUGUUGAUAAUGUGUGGUUAAUUGUUUUGAUCUUGCAAUUCAUUUUAUAUUUGAUUUCGCUAUGUUUGUCUCUUGGAAAAAUAUCCAGCCCAGGUACAGCUUGUGUCACAUGUGGGUUUUAUGCUCAGGGUCUCUGAGGAAUCACUACUAAUGGUGAUACUCCUGAAAUUUGCAUAACCAAUUUUAGUCACCCCACACUUCUCCAUCUACAGCUGUGUCAUUCACCUUUUGCUAAAUUGGAUUGCCUUUGACCGAGUCGUGACUGUGCACAAUGGCAUGGAGCCCAGCUUUGUCUGAAGUCAGCAUAACGCUUGUUGCCCCGGUCACUGAUUCUAUCCUGUGUUUUUGUUUUUUAGCUGAGGAGUAAUUUAUUCAGAGAAAUGCUGCUAGCUUGAAGUAGAAUAUCACAAAUAUUAUGCUACUUCAAAUUCUGAACAAUUUAUUUUUAUGAAAUCUUUCAUCUAGUUUGUUUGGAGCAAUCAACAGGACGCUCUUUUUACACUCUUAAAAAUGAUGCAUCACUGUCCAUACAACUGUGUCUCAUUUGGGGCAAAUGUCUUGUCGCAGUACAACAUGCACCAACGUGUCCUCAAUUGGGUUCGGACCCUAAAAUUGAAGGAAACGAGCAAAUGGAACAUUUUGAUGGACCUGUUUUUGUUUUUGUUUUUUUUGUGAUCAAUUUUUUAUUGGUAUCUAACACUAGAACGACCAAGGCCAUCAGUUUGGAGGUUUUGGAUUUUCAAAGUUUAAUAACUUUGUGAAAAAAAAGAUACAGACCUGCCACUCCCUGAAUGCACAUAAAAUAGCAUAUAUUUGCAUUAAAAUGAGUUUUAGAUCAACUCCACAAAAAAGUUAUGAGCUACCUAAAAUGACCAUGAGCGGUAAAAAUGGCCCCACGUAAUUUGGGCGUCAUCGUGUAUGUCAUGUCACUAUUUAUUACGUGUUGGUUGCGUCAUUUCCUUCGCGAAGUUAAUUGCUCUGUCCUAGAAGCACAUUAACAUUCUCCAGUGCAGAGAAAUAGUCUAAACUUGAUUUUUGAUUAUUACCAACAUGUCUGGGUACAACCGCCGUUUCAGACGCACCAUGACUACCCCCGAGGCGUUGCAGUAUUUAUAGGCGUUGGACAAAUUAAUUGAAAAGUAGUAUUAAAGUUGUUGAAAUGUUAGUUUGGGUAUCAGUCAUUUCUUAACAGACAUACGCAAUGCAUUAAUAUCUCAAUUGGGUAUUUAUCUUGGCAGAAUAUAGAGUUUAAAAACUGGCCCACGGUCUUUCGUUUUUAAGUUCCGGUGUGGGUUCCAUUUCUGCUCGGGUACAAUAUUGACUUGGGGGUCCUUCGACUACAUAUGACGUCACGGAUUAUGUUGCUAGCUAGCUUUAUAGUUAUUUAGCUGUUUGUUAUUUACAAUCCACGUUGACAUAGAGUUGGUUAGUAAAGGUGCGAGGGCCGAAGGCCCAAGCUGCGCCUAACGUCAAUCUACCUUUUCUUGCUGUUCCUAAACUGAACUAGCCCCUACCCAAGCCCGUAUUUUUUUUAUUGCAUUUUUCCUUGUACAGAUCAAUUUCACAAAAAAGAAACAGAACAUAAAAAAAUAACCAGACAACAACACGGGGUAUCAUACAACAAUCAACAAGGCACUAAACAAAUACAUUUAAGGCUUUACAAAUUUCAACAGUUUUAAUUGCUUUACUAUUCUUCAAACCACGUAAUGUGUCAAUAUAAUAUCUAAAUUCUAUUUUAAAUUGCUGUGUGUGUGGAUUUCUUUUGGACCACAUGCACUUGUGAAUAUAAUAUUUUCCGUACAACAAAAUGAGAUUCAAGAUAAACAGGUUUUUUAUAAUCAAUGUCGUUCUUAUCAUAAUAAAAAUAAUGUCUCGUUUUUUUCAAUCGAGUAGUUGAACCAGUCAAUCUCUUAAAGAAGUACUCUAUGUCUAACCAAAAUAACAUCACCAGCCUCUGGAAUGAUGGCAGAUGUCGAUCACACACCUUUUGACAUCUUCACCUUGUUCUUGUAACCCAUGGAGCCUCAAGAUUCCAUCUCCUUUGCUAGCGCUCAACCUCAUUCACCUUUUCUUCAAGCUCCGAAACCCUUUUCUCGUGAUCGUCGGCUGCCGUCUUCACUGCUGUGACAUCUGCUUUCAUAUCUUGGAAGAGAAAUUCUGAGUUUUCUUUCAAAAGGCGUCGAUAGUAUCUGACUUUUUCUUGAUGAGCUUCUCCAGAUCACCGCUCUUCUUUUCUAAACCGUGAAGGAAGCCAUCUAUGCAAACCUGGGAAAACCAUUCCUCAACAGAGGAGGAGGUCUGCGACACCACCUAUCUCGCCGUCCUUUCAUCUCUACCCAGGAGACUCAAGAAGCUUAGCCUCCAAGAACAACAGUCGAUCACUAACGGCUCCAACGAGUCAUGACAACUGAAUGGAGCACUAACGAAGUCGAAACUAACACACCCAACGACCGUCGCUGCUUAACAUCGGAUCACAAAGAGUCACGCAUAUCAAUAGCUCUGAUAACGACGGGCGUUGCUAAACAUCGGAACACAAAGAGCCAUGGACAUCAAUAGCUCUGAUAACGACUCCAAAGAGGUUAAAUAUCUGAGGUUCAUCACCAGCCAGUCAGACUAGCUUGGUCUAGUCAGAAAGGAACGAACAGAUGAAGCCUCUUGGAUGAGAGGCGAAACGUCUUCACGGAUAUAUACCAAGUCCAGUUGCACUCGUUUCAAUUCCGUUGGAGAACCAUGACCUGGAUGAAUGAGAACGGUAACAGACCAUCAGCCCUCUCGUUUAUUUUGUCCACUAGUAGCCUCACAAUAUUGUCUUGCACUUCAGCAAGGGUUGGUUCAGACGUCCCUUUUUUCUGCGCGAGAGAGCUGGGCACAGAGUCACGAAACGAAAAGUCAGAAAACGGCACACAAUCACGGCUAAUGUGGCGUGCAUAAAAGUGCCUAUUUUCAUAGGUGACUCCCAUCUCAGAAUCGAGUCUUAUCUGUCUUGUUUUUUUAUCCAUUCCCUUGUCUCAUCCUCUUUUCUCAGACAUUGUCGUAUUUUUACUUGCACGAGCGAAGCCAGUUAAUCACAGAGCUAGCUAGCAAGCCAGUUAAUUCGAGAGCUAACGUUAGCUGAGGGUUCGGUCGGCUAAAUUAGAGAAGGUGUAAGAUGUUAGCUCCUGUGUUUUCUGCCUCAAUACAACUAAAUGUCUUAUAGUAUGUGGUCAGAUACUAAUCCAAAGAUUCUUAACAGGAUUGAAAAUCAAAGAAACGUCUUCAGCCACGAGUGAACGCGACCGAACUGGUCGCCAUGCUUUUUUCUACCCAAGCCCCAAUGAUAAUGUGUGAAGUAGUGAUGUCAUCUGUAGUCGCAGGGCCCCAAGCAGGGCCAGUAAAUCAAUUAUCGACACCGGUCGUUGUGUGAAACUAUUUCAAUGGUUAUUUACUCUUUUUUUUUUACAUUUCAAGUUUUAUAGGCCUUGUUAGGUUUCUUAUAUUAGCAAUAUGUGUUUUCCGUUUGUUUUCCAGGUAAUUUCACUUUUUCAAGUUUGCUAUUCAAGUGCGACCAUGUCUCUCUAAAGUUUAAAAACAGUAUUAUAACUGUUAAUUUUGGUGUCAGUCGUUUCCUAACACACAUACUGACAUAUUGUAGCGAAUUCGGGGUCAACCACAGGAACUGCCGCAGCCGGGACGCGAACCCGUAUCGCCCGCACCGCGGGAGACAUCGCUGACCGCUCGACUUAUCCAUGCACGUUACAAUAUUAUGCAAUGACUUGAUAUCUCAAUUGGGUAUUCAUCUUGACAGAAUGUAGAGUUUAAAAAUCGGCGGUAAUUUUGACCGCCCAUGGUCGCUUUAGGUAGGCGUGAAAACCCGGUCGUUCUUAAUCAUGGUUCUUGAGGGUUGCGGUUACAAGUCGAUUGAUCACAAAUACAGUAGACGGGUACAGUCAUAAACGUCCAUGUAUAAAUCAGCACAAAAUUGACAACCAAAAAUAAAACAAAAUAGAAGAAAAAAGCAUUUAUUUUGCCCCCAUAUCCCUCCCUUUCUUCCCACCCCACCCCACCCCACACCUCGUGGACACUGGGAACAAUUAUAUUAAAGAUUUUAUUUAAGUAAUCGCUCGUUCCCAGUAUGCAAUGUUUUCUGUUUUUGCCUGGUGCAUGUUGGCAGCAUUCAGUGUUGCAUGCUUGCUAUGUUUAUGAAAUCACGAAGCCGUCUUUUUGUAUAUUGACAGAAUGAGGAGCUUUCCAUCUACACGCGAUUACUUCACCUAGCAGCUUUAAGGCCUGCUAGCCACAGCUGUCUCUACUUAAACACAGUUCCACAUUUUGAUGAACUUUGUGUACUUUUAACAAACAAAAUCCAUCAACAGAAUAAACAGGCUCAACACUCUGUCAGUGUUUCCUUUUCAGGUACUGUUCAAAGGAUUAUUCUCCCCACUCACAGGCACACCGCAGUUCACUGUUGGAUGCCUUAAACAGCCUCAUGCCUGCUGAAACACACACACACACACACUGCAUAUACAUUGGCAGAGGUUAAUCAUACACAGGCAUUCCUCGUUGACCAAAUGAACCGUUACUGACCCCAUACUAAUACCCAAACUACACCCUGUUAUUAUAUCGCACUAAAAUGUCCUGUGUCGACAAGUAACACAAUUGUUUGUUGUCCCAGACGAGCCACAGUUGUGCUGAAAAUUACACACUUUGAGGACACGGUGUCCAUGCAUUACAUUUCUUUGUAUGUUAUGGAGAACCCAGAACCUUCAUUUGGUAAAGAGGAACCCAUAUUAAAAGUCGCACUUGUGCAAAUGUUGAAUUGUUACUUAACUGAACCUAUGGUCAAUGAACCUGACAAAAUUUUAAAAUCUUGGAUUGAAUCAGGAAGACCUAUGAGUUCAUUUACUUUCAAUCGUAUUCUUGAAGGAAAAAAGUUAUCUGUUGUAAGCUUUAAUAUUUAAUAGAAUAUCAUCCAAUGGUGCCAUCACUGUAAACCAAUUACAGCUGCAUUUUACAGCAUCGCUAAUUAAAUGUUCACCUUCCUUUCACCAAUGGGGUUUCCUAGUUUUUUUUUUACAUAUCAGGCAAUUACUGAUUUGUCAUAAUACUCUUGUGAAUACAUUAUUUGCUCAUUACAUUAUAAUUACGUCAUGGUUAUA